CAUACCAUCUCCACUGCUCAUCUCUCUCUUUCCUUUCAGUUGAUCUCCUCUCUUCCAAAAUCAUAUGUCAAUAGUUCAUCACAAACUUUCUCCAAUUUCUUCCUAUUCUUGUGCACUUUGGUUUUCUUCUAUUUAAAGUGGAAGACUUUCUGACCCGGAUUUUCAAAGAAAGCAUCAUCGGUUCUAUCUUCGAUGGCGAGCACGAAUUCACCAACGAGUUCACAACAUCUGCACUUGCUGCCCGGCUUCCGGUUCCACCCCACAGAUGAGGAAUUAGUGGUUCAAUACCUUCGGAAGAAGGUUGCCUUGGAGCCGCUUCCAGUUUCGAUCAUCGCUGAGAUCAAUCUUUACAAGUUCGACCCUUGGGAGCUGCCAAGUAAGGCCAUAUUUGGGGAGCAUGAGUGGUACUUCUUCAGCCCCAGGGAUCGGAAAUAUCCGAAUGGAGCACGGCCAAAUCGGGCUGCGACAUCUGGGUAUUGGAAAGCCACCGGUACUGAUAAGCCUAUUUUUGCUUCGACUGGCAAAUGCAAGGUCGGUGUUAAGAAGGCGCUCGUUUUCUAUCGCGGGAAGCCUCCGAAAGGGACUAAGACCGACUGGAUCAUGCAUGAAUACCGUUUCACGGAUGGCAAUUCAGCUCCGAAGCCUCCUAAGGCGGAUUCGGCAAGCAAAAAAGGCUCUUUGCGUCUUGAUGACUGGGUACUAUGCCGGAUUUACAAGAAAAGUAGUCCGGUCCGACUGGUCGAGCCCAGGAACGAGAACUUUGCUCCGCUGAACAUGAAUCCACCGGCAUCAAGGGGCGUGAACUACAGCUCCACGUUACCUGGGAAUAACGAUGGGGCCUUCUUCGAGGGAAUGUUGCCGGAAACCAUCCACAGCACUUCAAUUUCUCAUCAGUUGCCUUUCUCAACCAUGAAACCGGACGUCUCAAUCAGCCACUCGGCCAUGGCCACCAGCGAUGAAUCACGACGCGGAUGCCCUGCGCCGGUGCAGUACUGGAGCGAGGAUGGAUCGGCGAUCUCGGGUAAGCGAUAUGAGGGUGGCCAUCACGAUCAAAAUGGUGGCGGCAAUGGCAUGGAUGACCGCAACUCUUUCGUCUCUUUGCUCCAUCAGAUCCCACAAAACAGUGAGCCGUUCCAUCCGCACAUGUUCCUCGAGAACCCAAUCGGGGAUGGUGACUUCCAGCGGCAGUUCCAACCGCCCGGCAUGAACUGGCCGAACUCGUAGUCAUUAGUCAAGAAGCAAUGGAAAUAAUACUCAAGGCAGAAAAGCCACAAAGGGUGGGAAUCAGAUGCUCUGAUUUCCAUUUUUUCUCGUUAUCUUUCUUUGUUUCGGAUUUUAAACUUCUGUUAUCUUAGAAUCGAGAUGGACUUUCAUGUUCAUUCUAGAUUAUAUAGCUCUAUAGUUGAUAGGUAGUAUUGCAUGCAGGUACUUGAAUAAUGUACAUUUUCAGAAGAUCAAAAGGAGGAAAAAGACAUAAGCAUAAGUGCUUUCAACGAAGGACAAA